CAGUGAUUUUCAAGAUUUUUAUAAACAAAAACAUUGGUAUAUUCAACAUAAAGGCAUGUGACUUACAGAAGAAUUUAUACUACCUUUGAGAUACCACUCAAAAAUUAUCCCCAAGCUGAAAUAGCAAUAUCAAGUAUUAGCAAUAACAACUGUUACUUUUUCCCCCUUCUUAGCACAUUGUCAAUGCUGCUGACCGGCAUAUACAUUUGCCACUCCAUGUAGAAUAUAAUAGUAAUGACCAGCCACUGAUAAUUUCCACAAGUCAGAAUUUAAAGCUGAAAUUUUAUUCAAGAAUUGUUUUGAAAAAGGAAUGGAUAAAAAUUGCAAUGCAUUGAAAGAGUAUUCAGCCCCCACAACUAUUUUCACAUCUUACUGUCUCAUUUUCUAAAUUUAAAACAUAUUGAUGUCGGCUUUUUGACCUCAUCUACAAAACGUUGUGCAUCACAUAAAAUCAAAAGAAAAAUUCCAAAACCUGUCAACAAUUUAGUGAAAAUUAAAAACUAAAAUUGUGAGGCUGAAAAACUAUUCAUUUCCUUUGUAAUUACUACAGUAACUUUCCUCAGGUACAAUAUUGCAUGUUACCUGACCAACUCACCUAAAUUGUUGAUGUUGAAAACUGGAUGAUCACCUGUUUUCAAUUAAUUCAUAAGAAUAAAUAACCCCUCCCUCUGUAAGAUCCUACAGUGUGGUAGAUUUUCAACAGACCAAACCAAAAGGACAGCAAAAAGCGUUCAAGGCGAGCCAUGGAAAUGAUAAUUGGGAAACACAAUCUGUGAAAGGGGACAAGGCCAUCUGAACGGCAGGGAAAAUACCUUAGAGCUCAGUGCAGUCCAUUGUGAAAAAGUGGAAAAAAUGUGAAACCACAGCCAUGUUGCGCUGUAAAGAGAAGAAUGGCACUUAUCAGAGAGGCACUGUGAUGCCAACAGUCACUCUGAGUGAGCUGCAGAAGUCAGCGGCUGCAAAUGGAGAUGACGUUCAUGGCUCCACAAUCUCUAAGCCUUGCACGAAAAGGGUAUUUAUGGAAGAGGAGCAAGGAAGAAGCCCUGGCUAAAAAAAAGCACAUCCUUGCCUAAAGCGUCACUUUGAAAAUACUGUAAAGAUGUGGAAAGCGGCCAGUGAAGGAGUGAAGAUUUGAGGCUUUGACUCGAGAGAUUCUGGCGGUUUUGGCAGUUGGACUGUGCAAUCAAGUCAAUCAAGAUUUGAAUAGCUGAGCAGAAAGCCAUUGAUUAGACAAUCAAGAUUUGAAUAGCUCAGACUCAGCAGAAAGCAGCUGAUUGGGCAAUCGAGGCUGAGGACAAGGUUCACUCCAAGUGAGGCAUUCACAGUAAAUACAAGCACAAUAGAAUCAAGGAAAGACCACACCCAACAGGGCAGGCGCCCAAUGUGCAAACAACAAACUGUGCAAAUAAAAGAAAGAAAGAAGAAAUAAAUAUGAAGAAUCUAACAUGAAGAGUCCUUGAAGAUCGGACGUCUAAAGAUGAGAAAGGAUUGAAAACGGAUCUUGAGGGACAACUUUUUCCACGCAGAGGGCGCUUUCAAAUGAUGAAGCAGAGGAAAGACGCCCAAGUUCUGAUCUCGGCGAUGAGAAUAAUGCAGAAGAAGAGGAUAUGAACAGCCCAGAGUUACAAGACAAUGAUAUUGGCUCAACAAGUCUUCCCUUUAUCUUCGGUAAAGCCUGCCUGAAGAACACACUUUCAGUAAUUCUUAUAUUUAUCUAUCUGCUCUUGAUGUCGGUGGCAGUGUUCCUGGCAUAUCAGACAAUCACUGACUACAGAGAAAAGCUGAAACAUCCUGUCAUGUCCGUCUCUCUUCAGGAAGUUCAGCAAUAUGAUGCUCCUGGCAUAGCUUUUUAUCUUGGUGAGGCUGAGCUCCUGAGUUGUAAGCAUCAUUUUCAUGACAGUUUUAAGUUUGUGGUGAAUCCAGGCCAACCAGGGGAAGUAGACUGCAUCAAGGAACAUGUCAGUUACUUGGACCCUUACAGAAACCAAACAUUGAAAUCAGCCCUGGUUAUCCGUGGACCCCAAGAUGUGAGAAAGAAGGAGCGGGUGUUUUUGCAAUUCCAUCUCAAUGAAACAGAAGAGUAUUUCAGUGCAAUUGGUUAUCUCUUAUUUGCUUCAUUUGAUGAGUUUCGGGAGAGUGCUGACAAAGCACAGUUCAUGCAGGACUGUGAACGUUCUUACUCCAUCUGGACUUUUUCUGGUGGUUUCCGAACAUGGGUCAAAAUGUCUCUGGUAAAAACGACAGAAGAAGAUCGAAGUGAAUUGGUGGAAUUCAGACAAGAGUCCACUCUUGUGAGAUAUAACAACCGUCAGCAUGGUUCUGAACAGAAUGACCAGUGGUUCUUCAUUGUUUUUGAAUGGAAGGAUCCGUUCAUUCAGGAAGUCCAAGAUAUAAUCACAGCCAAUCAAUGGAACACAAUUGCUAUUCUGUGUGGUGUUUUCUUGGCUUUAUUCAAGGCGGCAGAGUUUGCAAAACUUAGUAUUAAAUGGAUGAUUAAAAUUAAAAAGAGACAGCAAAAACGCAAGGCCCAGGAACUGAACCGGAUAAGUUGAACAAAGGCUCCAAUUUGAGCCCUUUGAAGCUCUUGUAAUACAUUCCAGUAGCUUGCCCAAGUACUUUCUCCAUCUGCAAGCUAACUUGCAAGUGCAACAGUUGCAACAGAGACAGAGUACUGGACAGCUUCUGGUCAAGAUGCAACCAGUGAAUGAAACUUCUUUGGGCAACAUUUUCCAGAUAGUCCACAAAUCUGUUUAUUUUCCUUUUUUUAUGUCUUAUUUUAAAUGUUCUUCUAGUACUGUUAGAGCCUGCAAUUUACAGUUUGAAGAUUGAUAGAGGGAUCUAGCACUUGUCCGCCUCUGAGAAAAUUCCAGCAGGUGAUUGGCCUUGAGGUGAAAAAGCUAGGGAUGGGGCGUGUGCCCAUGUUCAAAUCCAUUUCUUGCAAGUUAAAGUGUCAAGGAAGACUGAAACAUGAAGAUGGUAAUGAACGAGUUUUCCGUGUCAACUACCUGCCUCUCCCUCAUUUCUGCCGGAGAAGGCAACUGUGUAUGAUGGUCUCUCCCUCUGUCAAUGCUGUUGGAAGAUGUUAUCGAAGUUCUGCGAUUUCUGGAUUGGACCUUGGUUUUUACAUUGUGUUUUUACCUGUUCUUUCUUGUUGCGUUUGUGUGAUUUGAGAGUUUUUUUUGUGUUUUUUUGUGCAUGGGGGCGGGGGGUGAUGUUUUCUUUGAACAGUUUCAAUGUUUUUCUUUGUUUCAUGGCUGUCUGGAGAAGAUGAAUCUCAGAGUUGUGUACUACAUACAUACCUUGAUAAUAGUGUACCUUUGAUCCUUUGGAAUAGCAAGAUGCAUUUGUACAGCAUCAAUUUUUGUAGUAUUACUGUUUAUAAACAGUAUUUUGCAUUCUCAUUGUAUCUUCCAAAGUGAAUUAUUCAGAGUUUCCCACAUGAUGCUCCAACUUUCAGUCUACUCAUUCAUGUUACUUAUUGAUACCCUCUUGCAGGCAUUUUAUCUCCUUCUCUCAAAUUGCUAGCUGUUGUAUCAUCAGCAAAUUCAGCUGCAAUGCACUUGAUCUCUUCAUUUAAGUUAUCAAUAAAGAUAUAUAUGGAGAUUCAUGAGACUAAAAAGUAUAAAUUGUUGAUUCAUUGGAAUCCUACUAAUUAUCAACUACAAAUGUAAAAAAUGACCAAAACUCUGUUUUCGUGCAUUCUUAACUAUUAAAUGUUUUCUGUAAAUCCAAAGAAGACUACUAUUUUCAACUUUUUCCUUUUAAGAAUUUUAUAUGGUUCAGUGCUCAUCAUGGUGACAAUCUUUUAUAACUGAUAAUAAGCCAAGAUCCCAUCUUCUCUCCCUCUCAACUACACAAACAUCUUCAUGGCACUAUUUUGAAGAGCAGAGAACUUAAUGCCAGUAUCCUGAUUGUAGCAUGUCUAACAAUCAACAUAACUAAAAAGCAGAUUAAUUAACCUUGCAGUUUGGGGGAUUUUUUGGUUCAAAAACAAGCUGUUAUUUUCUACAACUAUGAAUGCACUUUGAAAGUAAUUCAUCAAGGUUUGGGAUUUCCAGGUAAAUUCAGGUUCUUCUUCCUUCAGGUUUUGUAAUUGAAUUUCAGUGUUACAAAAGCUGAUAUUUAAUGUGUUACAGGGAACCUCUGAUUACAAAGGAGUUGUGUUCCUUGAAAACUGUCUACAUCACAAUUUUCUGUUAUGCAAAAUCCUAUUUCCUAUGUUAUACAUGAAGAUGUAUUCCUACAUACGUUUUUCUCUCAUCAGUAAUAUUACCACCGCUGCUGAGGUGUGGUUGAACACGCAAGUAACUGUAAAUGUAGCAACCCACACAGAUUUAGCUAUUGUAAAGUUUUUCUCCAGCAUCAAACCUUUGUAAAAAAAAAAUCAUUUUUUUUCACAUCCACUGCUAUUCUUUUACAUGGUUAUUCAGGUUUAUAGUUUGCACUUAACCUUGUUGGCCCUGUUUCAGACAUUUUGAAUGUAAAUAAAAUAGAAAACGUUAGAGAAAUAAACUGUUCAACAGCGAGUCCAGAUGAAGAGUUUCAACCUGAAACAUUGACUGUCCAUUUCUCUUCAUGGUUGCUGCCUACUCUACUGAAUGCCUUUUAUGUGUUGUUCUAGACUCCAGCAUCCACAGAUCUCAGGGAUUAGCAAGAUGUAUCUAUCAUGCUAAAAAAAAUUUUGCUAGAUUAUCUGCAUUUCCAUAAUUGCAAGAUGAAAAUCCUGAAAAUAAACAGUGAAAGUUUGGUUUCUUCAGCAUUUUGUCCUUAGUAUUUUCUCUAAAUGAACACCAUAGGACCAAAUUGUGCACCUUGGAUUUCUUUGUAUAGAUUUGUGAAUUCCAUAAUGGUGAAUUUCCAUAAUCUGAAUGUUAGCAAAGUAAGGGUUACCUAUAUUUAGUUUUCCUGAUAUUUUACUAGAACUCAAUCCUAGUUCAGCAUAAAAAGCCUAUAAAGAUCUAUCAUAACUGCCAUGGUUUCCUGGUCACAAAGGAAAUGAAAUGCAAAGAAAAACAGCUUUGUUCAUCUGAAAUU